AUGGAGGUGUUUGGGGUAAAGGGUUGUUUUUUCCUUUUGAUUUUGUGUUUGUGGUUUUCAAAGAAAGUUAUGGGAAGUACCAUUGGAAAUUCUAGUGUUUCUUCUAGACCUAGAGUAGUGAAAAUUGGAGCAUUGUUUACUGUUGAUUCUGUGAUUGGGAAAUCAGCUAAACCAGGAAUCAUGGCUGCAAUUGAAGAUGUUAAUGCUAAUAACACCAUUCUUUCUGGUGUUAAUCUUCAAGUUAUUUACAAGGAUACAAAUUGCAGUGGAUUUCUUGGAACUGUGGAAGCUUUGCAGUUGAUGGAGAAUGAAGUGUUUGCGGCAAUCGGUCCACAAUCUUCAGGAAUAGCUCAUAUAAUUUCUCAUGUUGUUAAUGAACUUCAUGUUCCGCUUCUUUCGUUUGGAGCGACGGACCCGACUUUGUCCUCUUUGCAGUAUCCGUAUUUCGUCCGAACCACGCACAGCGACUAUUUUCAGAUGUAUGCGGUUGCGGACCUUGUUGAUUUUUAUAGAUGGAGGCAAGUGAUUGCGAUUUUUGUAGAUGAUGAUAAUGGGAGAAACGGCGUUUCGGUGCUCGGUGAUGCGUUAGCGAAGAAACGCGGGAAGAUAUCUUAUAAAGCCGCGUUGUCUCCUGGAGCGACGGAGAGUAAUAUUAGUGAUUUGUUGAAUGGUGUAAAUUUGAUGGAAUCGAGAGUGUUUGUUCUUCAUGUUAAUCCUGAUUAUGGUUUGAAUGUUUUUAAUGUUGCCAAGAAUCUUGGAAUGAUGAAAAGUGGUUAUGUUUGGAUUGCGACCGAUUGGCUUCCUUCGAAGCUGGAUUCGAUGGAAACGGUUGAUACCGGCACGUUGAAACUCCUUCAAGGUGUUGUAGCUUUGAGGCAUCACACUCCUGAUACUAAUUUGAAGAAGAGUUUUUUCGCGAGGUUGAAGAACACGAAAGGCGUGGAAACUUCGAGAUUCAACUCUUAUUCUUUAUACGCAUAUGAUUCUGUUUGGUUAGCAGCUUAUGCUCUUGAUACAUUUCUCAAAGAAGGUGGAAAUGUAUCUUUCUCAUCUGAUCCUAAGUUGGUUGACACCAAAGGAAGCAUGUUGCAUUUGUCUUCGCUCCGUGUUUUCGAUGGCGGUCCUUCGUUUCUCCCUACACUUUUGAGAACGAACUUCUCCGGUUUAAGUGGUAGGAUUCAGUUUGAUCCAGAUAAUAAUCUAAUUCAACCAUCAUAUGAUAUCCUUAACAUCGGAGAAUCAGGUUCCCGAAGAGUCGGUUAUUGGUCUAACUACUCCGGUCUAUCAGUUUUAGCUCCGGAAAUUUUGUACACAAGACCACCUAACACUUCAUCAAGCAAUCAAAAACUGUUCAAUGUUUUGUGGCCUGGAGAAACUAUAAAUACCCCAAAAGGAUGGGUUUUUCCGAACAACGGAGAGCCGCUGAAAAUAGCAGUGCCUCGUAGAGUAAGCUACUUGGGUUUUGUUUCUACAGAUAAGAAUCCACCUGGAGUUAAAGGCUAUUGCAUUGAUGUGUUUGAAGCAGCCAUAAACUUGUUGCCUUAUCCCGUUCCGCGAAAAUAUAUCUUAUACGGAGAUGGUAAUCGAAAUCCCGACUAUAGCCAGAUUGUCAAUGAGGUUGCACUAAAUACCUAUGAUGCAGCUGUUGGAGAUGUUACUAUUGUCCCAAACAGGACUAGGAUUUUGGAUUUCACUCAACCAUUCAUGGAAUCAGGGCUGGUAGUUGUUGUUCCUGUCAAGGAGAUCAAGUCAAGUCCUUGGGCUUUCCUCAAGCCAUUCACUGCUCAAAUGUGGUGUGUUACCGGCGCCUUUUUCCUUUUUGUCGGAGCCGUUGUAUGGAUUCUCGAGCACAGGCACAAUCCAGAGUUCCGAGGUCCACCCAAGAAACAAAUCAUGACGAUAUUUUGGUUUACUUUCUCAACAAUGUUUUUCUCACACCGAGAGAACACCGUGAGUGGUCUUGGGAGAUUCGUGCUAAUCAUAUGGCUUUUCGUGGUUCUAAUUAUCAAUUCAAGCUACACAGCAAGCUUAACGUCGAUCCUCACAGUGCAGCAACUUUCGUCACAAAUUGAAGGAAUUGAAAGCUUGAUAUCAGGUACUCAACCGAUUGGAAUUCAAGACGGCUCGUUCGCAAAGAGGUAUCUGAUAGACGAACUCAACAUACAACCAUCUAGGAUAAUUUCGUUGAAAGAUCCAAAUGCAUAUGUGGACGCCCUUACGCGUGGACCAAAAGCAGGAGGGGUUAUGGCUAUCGUCGACGAGCUUCCAUAUAUUGAACUCUUUAUGUCUGGUACCAACUGCAAAUUCACAACUGUUGGACAAGAGUUCACUAAAAGUGGUUGGGGAUUUGGAUUCCAAAGGGACUCUCCCCUUGCAGUCGAUAUGUCAACUGCCAUUCUCCAACUCUCGGAGAACGGUGACUUGCAAAAGAUCCAUGACAAAUGGAUAUCAAGGCAUGAUUGUGCUGCAAAAGUCAACGACGACGUUGAUUCAAACAAACUAUCUCUUAGUAGCUUUUGGGGCCUCUUUCUUAUAUGUGGCAUUGCAUGUUUCCUUUCUUUGAUCGCGUUUUUUGUUAGAGUGUUCUGUCAAUACAUGAAAUUCAUCCCAGAGGACGAAGAAGAUGACCAGGAAAAUCCGUCUGAUAGGCCUAGAAGAACUUUUCGAUCCUCGAGAAGCUUCAAAGACUUGAUUGGAUUUGUGGAUAAGAGAGAAAAAGAAAUCAAGGAGAUACUUAGACAGAAGAGUAAGAAAAGGCGACGCGGCGAGAGUUUAGAUGAUCAAUCAAGUUCACCUAUUUAA